CAUUCAACCGGUUUCUUUCCCUUAAUGAGUUUGCAAUAACUGCAAACAGAAAGAAUACGGAUCAGCAUGUUUUGUUGCUUGGUUGGUCGCAAGGUGAGGAAAGGAAUGAUGUCGCAGUUGUGGAUAUCGAGCGAGAUGGUUGGCUUCCAAGGAUUGAGCUUCAAGAUAAUGGAGAUGAUAAUUUGAUCAUGGGGCUCUGCACCGAGAAAGUUUCGAUAUAUGAAAAUGUGAAAAUCCAGGUUGGAGUUGAUGAAGAGAAAGAAAUUUCACCAUAUUGCAUUCUCAUGUGCCUUACUUGUGAAGGAAAGCUCAUUAUGUUCCAUGUUGCAAGUGUCACAGGAACUGCACCUUCACCUCAUGUCAUUUCUACCUCUUCUGAUGAGGAAGAGGGUCUGGCUGUUGAGAUACCUAUAGAAUGUGAUGUGUCUAAACUUCCUUCAGGACUCAUUAAACAAAAAGUUGAACAGAUAGUCACGAGUCCUCCGUUGCAGGGUGGAAAUGCUAAGGAACUUGACACAAACAAGUAUGAAGAAAUUCCUAAUAGAAAUGAGCUGAAGCAUGCUAACAAGGGGAGUUCAGUUUUUACAUGUGUUGCUGAUCAAAUUUUGAAGAAAGAUGUUCUAUCUGAGAGCCAGGACCCUGAGUUUCUGAAGACUCCAUUCUCUUCAGAAGCUGAUGGACAACAAAAGAUUGCUACAACAAAGCUGUUGCAAGUUACAGAUGCUCCACCAACAAAGUUUCCUGGACAACUCAGCACAAGUUUUGGGCAAGUAUCCUCAAAGAGUUCAAUCAUUGAUGGACAUGGUGAUUUGGCAAAGAUCUCCAGCAAGUCAGAAGCUCAGAAAAUUUCUGGAUUUGGAUUUAGUUCUUCUUUUAUGAGAAAUACUCAACCUGACACCCCUACCAAAUCAAACUUUAAGGACUUACAUGGAAAUACUGAAGUUGUUGAAGAACCCCUUGGUAAAUUUGGAUUGGGCCUGCAGGGUUCAUCAUUUCAAUCCUGGAAAAGCAUUCCAACUCAGUCAUGGUCAAGUGGAAAGUCAGAGGGUUCUGAUUCUAGAUCUCAGCUUUUUACUGCAAGCCAUAAUCAAGGCAACAGAUCUGAAAAUUCUGGAGUUAGCUUCACUGCUGCAAAUGAUUCUGAUUAUCUUGGUGGAAAAUCUAUUCAAGGCAAGGAUAUCGAAGGGGCAUCUCCUUCAGUAAAAUUUUCUGAUCAAGCAACACAGAGUUGUGCACAGAGAGCUGUUACUGGUGCUGGGAAAAUUGAGUCAAUACCUUCCAUCCGUAGCUCAUCACUGUCAUCACAGCUAAGCAUUUCCUUCAACAAGUCCUCUGAUCAGAACUUUUAUGCUUCCAAGGAUGAUAAAACGAGCCUACCAAAAUCAGGGACUUUGAAAUCUGAACCAAAUCUUUCAAAGCAGUUUAGCAAUAUUAAGGAGAUGACUAAGGAAUUGGAUAUACUUCUGGAAAGUAUAGAAGGAGCAGGUGGAUUCAGGGAUGUGUGUACUGUUUUCCACAAAACUUCAGUGGAAGCACUGGAGCAAGGAAUGGAAGCACUUUCUAACAGAUGCCAGAUAUGGAGGAGUAUGAUGGAUGAGCAAGUUGGGGAGAUCCAGCAUCUUUUUGAUAAAACUGUAGAAGUUUUGGCAAGGAAGACAUACAUGGAAGGUAUUGUCAAGCAAGCUUCUGAUAAUAGAUACUGGGAGCUCUGGAAUCGCCAGAAGUUGAAUUAUGAACUUGAGAUGAAACGGCAACAUAUAUUAAGAUCCAAUGAGGAUUUAACUAAUCAGCUAAUUGAACUGGAGAGGCAUUUCAAUAGGCUUGAGCUCAAUAUCUAUGGUGAAAAUGAUGGCUUGAAUGCAGGUAGAAGGGUAAUGCCUGGUAGAUACGGGUCGUCAAGGCACAUCCAGUCCCUGCAUAGUCUGCACAUACAAUGAACUCACAGUUAGCUGCUGCUGACAACUUUCUGAAUG